AUGUCAACCUCAACUUCCUCACCAUCUAGUCGACUCCGCCUUGCACCCCACUCGUCACCUAUUUCAGCUAGUGAAGUUGCUCGAAACUCCAUCAUCAGCUCAUCAGCAAAAGGAUGGUCACCAUUACAGAUCAACAAGCGAGAUUCCAUCAAUCAAUCACCCCUGAAACCAUCUUUAUCACCUGAUCCCAAUGCACCCCGAAGAUCAUCAAGCUCUUUCAAACAUGUCUCGAAGAACUCACUAGUAUCCAACAGUCCAUUCAAAUCGCCUACCACCGUACAAGGUGCUCAAGCUGCUGGUCUAGACUUGGGAAAAAGUACCGAUCAGAUCAUUCAUGAGAGAAGAACCGCUGCAAGGGCGUUUGGGGAAUUACCAUCUUCCGCCAAGGGAGUUGGAACAACUUCCAAAGCCGCCAUUGGUUUGGGCAUCGGUAUCUCGCCUUCCAAACAACGAUCGACCAGUAGAUCUACUAGCGGUAGCAACAGUAAUGGUAGUGCGAUCAACGGUCAGAGAAAGGUAUCAAUAGAAAAACCCAAGGUCGCCUUUCCAGGUAUCGAGAGGCGUAGUUCAACGGAAAGAAGAGUAUCGGCAUCAAAAGAGAAUGAAUCUCCCGAUGUAAGAGCUUCAAAGAGAGUACCUAGAUCCAGUAUGGGCUUCAAGGAUCUGGCAAAAGGUACUUUGGUGACUAAAUCACCAUUCAAGAGAGUCCCUUCCGGUGGUGGACUUUCAUCUACUUCAAGUUCCAAAGCAAACGAAUCUUCUCAUACCGAUAACGAGAUUGGACCAAGUCCGAAGAGUAUUCCAAUCGAGAAAGACGAUGUCUUCUCGUCUCCAUCUCCUCGGAGGACCUCUGCCAGUAAGCAACAACAGCAAAGAAGAGCUUCUCCAUCUGCGUCUCUCGGAGUUGGAUCAAGAAGAAGUGUCUCGCCUACUCCGUCACCACCUCGAUCGGUUGCUCAGCCACUGUUGACAACCACGACCGGCUCAGCUGGUCCCUCACCGCUUAGCAGAUCCCUCUCCAUCCCUUCCCUCGAACCUACACCUACCCCGACUCCCCACAAAUCAGCUAUGACUCCUUCCAAACGACUCCGAGGACCAAGAGAUCUAUCUGCUGGUUUGGAAUCGCCUACCAGAAAGACUGUCACCUUCCAGAGUGUACCCGACGUCAAAGAGUUUGAAACGAUGAGUGCAGAACCAAGUAUGGAUGGAAGUUUCGAGGUGAACAAUCAUGAUGAUGAAGAGGAAGAUGGAUGGGUGGACGAGAGUGUUAACAUGAGCUUGAAGUUGAGCAUGGCUCGGGAAAAUAGUCUCGAUGAACUGCUUUCCGAUGCUCAGCCUAUCUUCGAAUCCUCUGCCGACGCCUCACCAGUGUUCACAGAAGAGAAUGACGGUCAGAUGCCUGAAGAUUCCACUACGGCGAAUUUUAUGGAUACGCUGAUCGAAGAAGGAUUGUUCUCACCUCCCACAAUGGAUACUCCAGCAUUUGAAGAUCAAGCUGCAUUCGAACUCCCCUUGGAACCUGUUGAUGGUGAUUCCGAUCGACCUUUCCUCGCUACACCUUCGCUGGGUGGAUCAGUCCAUGCUUCACCUUUGUUAGCUAGUGGAGUGUUCGGAGAGACUGAUUCAGCUGGUAUACCGUAUGGCCGAACGCAUCAUGCUGAACGAGCAGCCAUCGCUCAUUCUCUUUCUCCCGUCAAGCCAGCCUCACCAAUUGAACAACCUGAUAUCCCGAGAGAUGAAGAUCAUAACAUGCUUCUCAAUGCGAAUGCUGCUCAACCCGCCGUACCUAUUCCUCAAUCACCGGUACACUACCCAGAAUACAAUGAUCCCUUCGCUUCAGCUUCCAUUCCACAUGCCCAUCAAGUUGGUGCUAUACCUGAUCCAUUCAUCACGAUACAAACUGCUACCAACGUCCUUCCAAUUCAACACAAGGGCAGAGAAGAAGACGGUAUUCCGCUCGGCAGGACAAGUCAUGCAGAGAGACUUCAAGCUAGAAGGAUGUUAGCUACUCAAAGUUUGGGUUUGGGUAUGCCUCGAAGUCCCGCUAUAAGUCAAGGGUUGACUAGGCAAUAUUCGGAAGAAGAACCUAGCGGAGAAGAAUUGCAAGGGGAACAAAGUGAUAUCAUGGAGCCUAUCCAAGCACCUGUCCUUGCGCCGCCGGUGGUAAGGGCUGCUAGUCAAGAGAGUGAAGAAGGUGCCAAGAGGCGAUUGCCCAAAAUACCCGCUCCAGCUCCUAUGCCCGUCGAUAUACCCAGCCCUGUCACUAGCCCCAACAAGAAUGAAGAUCCCGAUAAGCUCACCGUGGCUGAGAAGAGAACGAGCAAAUUCGAUAUUUCUGGAUUUUCUCUCCCAUUCAUCGGGUCCACCUCACCAUUCUUUAAUUCUGCCCCUGCUACUUUCGAGAAGCAGCCAUCCAUAGAUGGGCAUUCCACCUCUUCCAACGAACCUGAAAGACCCCUAACGCCUCCUCCAGUCAUCCGAGAUACUGCGGAGGACAAGCAGGAAAGUCCUCAUAGAAUACCUGAUAUGAACUUCCAUUUCGAAGAGAUUCAACUCCAGCGAACCACUUCGGACGAACUCAAGCGCACUGCGACCGUCAAAUCAAAUCCUGUCGGCCCCAUCGAAGUCUCUAACGAAUUCAAGAAGGACUCGCCAAUCAAGGAGGUCUCGAGACCCAGCCUAUCCACUUCAAGCAGUCUUGGUAAACUCCCUACUUCCGGUUCUGGCACUUCGAUCAAGAAUGAUUUCGGUAGUCCAUCAAGCAACAAGUCCCAGGAUUCUACCACCACCAGGGUCCGACAGCGAAUCUCCAGAGAAAUGAUCAGGGAAACUAUCAAUCAGCGAAUUGCGGAUGGGAGUCUCUCAAGACGACCUGCAAGCUCAGGUGAUCUGUCCAAAUCACUUCCAGUAUCAUUCGCUGUCCCCGAUAUGCCAAUUCGUCAAAGAAGGACUUCAGGCGUAGAUAAGGAUCUCCCACCGCCCCCUCAGAACGAAUCUCCAGCUAUGACGUCCUCUUCAUCCCAAGCUGAAGAGUUAGCACCUAGGAUGACCAAAGCUCAUACUACCGAUAAUGCUGCCAGCAAUUCAAGCGAGAUGAGGCCAGCCAUGAGACCUAGAUCUCAAACUCAAUCUGCUCAUGAGGUGUUGAAACAAAAUGAGAAAGAUGGAAUUCUCAACGAACCGAAAUCGGCUUUGGACAAAUUAGCUUCAUCUUUACCUUCCCCGACGAAAAGUGGUACGACUCUACAAAGGGAAGUCAGUGGAAGUAUAGCAGCUGAAAUGCCACCGCCUCCGGGUAGACCGAUCAGUAUACUUCGGAACCCAUACCCUAACCCUAAUAAACAAGAGGGUUUGUUACCCCCUGUGGAUGUUGGUGUAUUCUCGUCGAAAGAGAGAUCUAGUUCGCCAUCAGCUACCAGUGAAGGUAGGAAGGGCCGAGAGGAUGCAAUCAUCGCCAAAAGAAAGGAGAAACAACAGGAGAGGAAUGUUAGUGGGGUUAGUACGGGAAGUAGAAGGAGUAGAAGGAGUUUGAGUAUGGGUGAUGUUGAUAAGGAAGCCGAACAGGCUAAGGAGUUCAGAAGGAAGAAUACAAGAGGUAAUCCCCGAUUGACCUUGGGUAUAGAUGACGAUCAACAAUCUAUACUUGAUGCCUUCAGAGAGGAAAUCACACAGAUGGACCGAGGAUACAAAGUCCGUGAGAAAGCGGUAGUUCGAGCUUCUUACCAGGAUAAGGUCAGACAUAGCAAAGCUGGCGAUAUUGAUGCAGGUAAAGCUUGGAAACAGCUUAGAAGACCUUCCGACAUGAACGAACACGCUGCCGAAAUCCGAGCGAUGCGAGCUAGAGAAUCCACCUCUGGUAAAGCUUCUGGAACUAUCUUUGUGAAAGUCUUAGGUGUCGAAGGACUUCAAAUACCCUUACCUGAUCAACCCACAUAUUUCUGCAUCACAUUGGACAAUGGUAUAGAUUAUAUACGAACGCCAUACAGUGUUUUAGGUGAAGGUGCUAAAGUCAACCAGGAGUUUUCGCUUGUCGAGCACCCCAACUUUGAAUUCUCGCUGAGUCUUGACAUCCGACGUGAUCCCCACAUCUUGAAAAUGUUACAUCAGAAACCCGAGGUACCUGCACCCGUCCCCGUCAUCAAGAGGCCUCAAACUCCGUCAUCGCCUGCGCUUAAAUCAGGUGGAUUCCGAUCACUGUUCGCUUCGCCCCGUAAACCCAAAGCGUCCAAAGAUCCUCGAUCAACAACACCGCAACCGAUCCUUCCUACACCUGCAAACUCCAACACAGCUUCGGAUAAACCGGUUGAUAAUAUCGUAAAAUACCUUGCGUCACCUUCUGGAUCUACCAUUGCCAAAACUCAUAUUGCCUUCAAACCUAUAGCGAAGAAUUGUGAAUCGAGAGUACUGGAAAUUAGAUAUCCUAUGUUCGCAAUGUUCAAAGCUGGUUCAAGUGGAUCCAACGGGCAGUCGAGAAAACAACUUGCCAAAAUUACUUUGCAGAUUUUCAGAUUACCACCUAUCCCAGGAUUGAAAGGUGAAGAAUUACCUCAAUGUAUUGAUGAGGCCUUGAGGGGUAUUAGACAUCAUGCAUGGCAUGAACAUGAAUAUCAUGAGGGUGUCUUAACUCAGGAAGGUGGUGAUUGUAAUAUGCCAAAGCGAAGACUGUUCAAGUUGAUCGGCGGAAACCUCGUUGCUAUUAACGAAGUAACCAAGAAGGAAGUUACCAAUAUUGACUUACGUCAAGCUAUAUCUGUGAUAGACCUCAACGCCCAGGACAAUGGUACCCCCAAAUCCAGAAUGACGAUGAGACCUCGAUCGUCCGAUGAAGGACUGAGUGUAAGGCCGAGGAGUUUCAUGGUUGAGUUCAAGGAUGGUGAAGGAAUUACAUUCUCAGCUGAUAAUGAUAAAUCGAAAGAGGUCUGGAUGCAAACUCUCGAAGGUCUCAUUGGUAAAAUACCUUCCAACCCACUUUGGGCAGAAUUAUUAGCUACAAGACAAAGAGAACGCGCAGCGAGACGUACAGCUUCGAGCACGAGUUUAGCUAGGGACGCUAAGCGACAAGCUUCAAGUUCAGGUCAGGGAAGACCGGUAUCGAUGCCUCUAGGUGCACCUAGUAAGAUCAGGUAG